AUGACUGAGGCAGAACUAAUAUUACGUGAUUUCUUAGAAUCAGUUCUUAAGGAACGAGGUUCCCAACAGAAAGAAGUGAGAAUACAAGAAAUAAACUCAGACGGUGCUAAUUAUACAGCGCUAUUAUUUUUAAUAAACGUAGAAACUUUUGAUAAAGAAUUAAAAUUGUUUGCGAAAGUUGCUAACAUAACCGAUGAGGCAAGGAGGGCUUUGGAUUGUGACAAUUUAUUCUGCACUGAGAAAUUUGUUUACAACCAACUUAUACCUCUUUAUAAAAAUCUCCAAAAAGAUUUAGAUGAAGAACACAAGUUCAUAUUUCCUGAAUUCUACGGCUUUAAUGAUGUUUACGGUAAGGAAAUAGUCAUAUUAGAAAAUGUACUUGAAAGUGGUUAUAAGCCUUACAGUCGUUUUAAAUCCAUGGAUUGGGAUCAUGGCAGAGUUUGUGUGGAGGCUUUAGCACGGUUCCACGCUCUGUCGUUUGCAUUGAGGAAGAGUGACCCAGAAGGUUUUCAAAAAAUUGCUACGGACAUGGCGUUGCGUUCCGAUACACAAAGUAUGGAACAUUAUAAUCUAUACCAAUUCGUCACUAUGGUGGAAGAUGCUGGAAGAUUUUUAAAAGAUGAUCAUCUCGAUAAAGUGAGGAAAUUGAUGUAUUGUAAGGGCAAUUUUGAAAAAUUUAAGAAGCCCCUCAGUACACCGGUCAUAGUCCACGGUGAUUACAGACUAAGCAACUUGCUUUUUAAAGGGACGGGAUCUGAUCUUGAGACAGUAGUAGUCGAUUACCAGACCGUUUAUAUUGGAUGUCCCGUAGCAGAUCUCUACUACAUCAUAUUUCUGGGCUCAGAUGAACACUUCCGAAGUCUCUAUUAUGACAAACUAAUAAAUCAUUACUAUACGAGUCUAGAAGAAGCUCUGAAGAGGUUGGCUGUAGAUCCUGUAGAAGUGUAUCCGAGAGAGAACUUUGAAAGUGAUUUGAAAGAGUCAUUACCCUUCGUUGUUUUGACGGCCUUGGCAGCCUUACCAAAUGUGCUGGCAGACGUCGGAUCAGUACAGAAAACGAAUUGUAAAUUUGAUGUGAAAGAUUUUAUAAAGCCAAAAUUUAGUGAUUUAUAUAAAGAGCGACUUAGAGGAAUUAUAAGUGACUUCGUCAGUUGGAAUGUCAUUUGA